GUCGUCUCCGCACAAGACCAGCACCUCCCACAACGCAGGGCCCCAAAGCUGGACAGGACGUGUGCUUGUGCACGCACAGGCCUGGCCUGCGCUAGUCUGUCAAGGUCAGGGUGUAGAUGAGGCCUGAGAGGAGCCCCAGAGCACAGCCCGGCUUUGCUGCCCUGAGCCCCUCAAUAGUCCUGUCCCCGGAUGCAGAACAGUGACCACAAAGAAGUUGCUGGUCCCAGAGCCAGGAGCACCUGCCUCGGCACAUCCUGUCUACCUGCCCCAGAACCUACUGAACUGCUCCAACACUGCUGGACCAGAUUUUCAGUGACCUCUCAGCCUCACGGCCUGAGCCAGCCAGCCCAGACACCCCGACGCAGCUAGCGGGGAGCCUGACGCCUUCCCGCCUCAGCACCCUCAGCGGAGAGUCUGCUGGCCCAGGUAACCAGCCUGUCCCCCAGGGUCAGCGACCCCGGCUCCUGGUCCCCGUUCCUCUCUGCAGCUUCGCUGUGGGUUCAGGAGGAAGGUCUCGAGGAAAUCGAUCUCCCUCUGGCCCAUCCUGCCCUUGAGGCCCCGAGCUGAUGCCCGGGCAGUUCUCUGUGCGUGUGGACAUGCUCCUGCUCCUCGGGGCCCAGGAGAGGCUGGGGUGGGAGCGGAAGCCGGUCCAGCGAGGGUGGGGAAGACUUUGGGGUGAGACCAGAGUCUCUGGAAGGUACGUGGCACCUGUGGGGGAUCCUGACUCACCUGGAGCCGCGUCACAGGAUGAAAACCACACCAUGGACCUGACGUGCUGCGCUCACGACGUGAGCGCGGUGACUCUGUUCGGUGACUUAAUUCACUGAGCUGAGGGCGUCUUCACGCUACAGGAUCCUUUCCCUUCUCUCUCUCUCUCUCUCACCCCUCCCCUCUGUCUCUACUUUCCUUCUUUUUUUUUUAUGUAGAAUAAAUUUAUUUUUAAAAUAAAAUGCUUUCCAUUUGUCCUUUCCCAAAAGCCUGUCUGGACAGGCCUCAGUGGAAAGUGACGGGAGGCUCACUUCUACACACAGCACCAGCCCACCUACCCCUGCCACCUUUCUCAGGGGCUGCCCCGGGGGCGGGUCUGGUCCCGCUGGCAUUGACUGUGCUCGUUUCUCCCCGACAGGAAGCCCCAGCCAGCCCCCCACGGAGCUCGGGGAGCUUUCAGGAUGGAGGCAGAUGGGGGGUCCUUGACCCCCCUGGGUGCCGCUGCUGCCCAGGGGGUGCUGGACACUGGGCCUGGCUGCUCCUCCCUGGAGCUGUGCGACACAGCCCCGGGGAAGUUCCGAGCGCUGCCCCUCGGGGACCCUGCCAGCCAGACUGAUGCAGGCUCCAGCCCGCCAGACACGGGCCCUGCGGGGGAGCUGAGCAACAGCACUAAGAUCCCCAACCGGGACAGCGGGAUCGACAGCCCACCCUGCAGCGUGGCCGGCGAGCACUUCCCCUGUGAGGAGGGCAGUGAGGCGGCCUCCCACCCCCCGGUCCCGGGGCUGCACCCAGAGACGGCCCCGGAUGGCAAGGCCCCACUGGAGGAGGCUGAGAGCGACGUGGGCGAGGGCAGUGUCGAGGAGCCUGACCCCAAGGACGGCCCCCCGAGGGCCAACACGGACCCGGCCAAGUGCUCUGAGCCCCAGAAGCUGCUUCACAUUGCUCAGGAGCUCCUGCACACCGAGGAGACCUACGUGAGGCGGCUGCACCUGCUGGACCAGGUUUUCUGCACCCGGCUGACGGAAGCGGGGAUCCCUCCAGAAGUCACCACAGGGAUCUUCUCUAACAUCUCCUCCAUCUAUUGCUUCCACGGGCAGUUCCUCCUGCCUGAGCUGCAGACACGGAUCACGGAGGAGUGGGACUCAAACCCCCGGCUUGGGGACAUCCUGCAGAAGCUGGCCCCAUUCCUCAAGAUGUAUGGCGAGUACAUCAAGAACUUCGACCGGGCCAUGGAGCUGGUGAGCACCUGGACCCAGCGCUCACUGCUGUUCAAAGACAUCGUCCACAGCAUCCAGAAGGAGGAGGUGUGCGGGAACCUGACGCUGCAGCACCACAUGCUGGAGCCGGUGCAGAGGAUCCCCCGCUACGAGCUGCUGCUCAAGGACUAUCUGAAGAGGCUCCCAGGGGACGCCCCCGACCGCAAGGAUGCAGAGAGGUCCUUGGAGCUCAUCUCCACGGCCGCCAACCACUCCAACGCCGCCAUUCGGAAAAUGGAGAAGAUGCACAAGCUCUUGGAAGUGUAUGAGCGCCUGGGGGGUGAGGAAGACAUCGUCAACCCGGCCAACGAGCUGAUCAAGGAGGGCCAGAUCCAGAAGCUGUCCGCCAAGAACGGCACCGCCCAGGACCGCCACCUCUUCCUGUUCAACAGCAUGAUCCUUUACUGUGUGCCCAAACUGCGGCUCAUGGGCCAGAAGUUCAGUGUCCGGGAGAAGAUGGACAUUUCAGGCCUCCAGGUGCAGGAUGUCGUCAAGCCAAAUGCAGUGCACACAUUCAUCAUCACGGGGAAGAGAAGGUCCCUGGAGCUGCUGACCCGGACAGAAGAGGAGAAGAAAGAAUGGAUUCAGGUCAUUGAGGCCACCAUCGAGAAGCACAAGCAGAACAGCCAGACCUUCAAGGCCUUCAGCGGCUCCGGCGGCCAGGAUGAGGACCCCUCCCUCACUCCAGACCCAGCGACGCUGAGCGCCAGCUCCGGGGAGCCCGCCGCUGCCGAUGGUGGAGGGGGUGCAGCGCUCGAGCCCAGGAGAGCGUCCUCUAAGACCAGGCGUGACAAGGAGAAGCCGGGCUGCAGGAGCUGCGGCGAGACCUUCAACUCCAUCACCAAGAGGAAGCACCACUGCAAGCUGUGCGGGGCUGUCAUCUGUGGGAAGUGCUCUGAGUUCAAGGCCGAGAACGGCAGGCAGAGCCGUGUCUGCCGACAGUGUUUCCUGACUCAGCCGGUGGCCGCCGCGAGCCCCAGCCCUGAGGAGCCUGUGGAGCCCAAGCAGGGCAUGGAGAAGCCGGCCACUGCGGACCCCCUGCCCAGCCUGUUCUGCGGCCCCCUGCGGGUGUCAGACUGCGGCUCAGCCUGGAGCGAGGUGUGGGCUGCCAUCCCCGUGUCGGAUCCCCUGGAGCUGGUGCUGCACCCACAGGGAGGCAGCCAGGACGGCCAGCCACUCCGCGCCAUCCCCCUCUCCGGCUGCAUGGUGAGCGUGCUGGACCCCGCGGAGAAGCCAGAGGCUGGGCACGUGUGGCGGUUGCACCAGGCCCAGCGGUCCUUGUACCUGAGCACCUCGUCCGAAGAGCUGCAGCAGCAGUGGCUGGAAGCCCUGAGCACAGCCGCCCUUGGGGACUUGGCCCGGGCCAGCCGGGGAGCCCUGCAACCCCAGACCCCGUGAGCUGAGUCUCGGCUGUGUCUCCAGCUCUGCCGCCACCACGGCAGGGCCUGUGCUCACCUGGGAGAUGGCGUUGGAGGCCACGUGCUUGCGUGAAAGGCACUGGGACUGCUGAGGAGCUGACAGGUCACAGGGCACUUGGCCCUGGAGGGUCCCUCUGCUUCAGAGAGGAGAAAACUGAGGCCCAGAGACGGGUGGCCAACUGCCCAGGGUCACCCAGCACACUCCCAAGAAGCGCCUGGCCUCUGCCCCAGCCCAAGCAGAGUGGCCUGGAGUGGGGCGUGGGCGAGUGUCGUGAGUGGCCCUGCGGGGGCACUCAGCUCUUAAGGGCAAGAGAAGCAUCCUGGGCGGUGCCCGGGGACACUUGGUAAACGGCUACAGUCAUGCUGGCCCUCCACACUGCUGCCUGCCUGUCCACACUGUCUACACUGUCUGCACCGUGUGAGCUGGAUGGAACUGGCCCUGGGACUCCACCCCACCUCCUCCAUCCCAUGCGGAGCCGCCCCUGGAGGAGGGAGCCGUAGGCCUGGGCAAUCCAUACGGGGCUCGAGGUUCCUGAAUAACCUCUCUGCGAAACUGGACGGGAGGCCCACCCU